AUGUCCGAUCAUGAACAAAGCUGCAAAACUACUUUCAUAGCUUUCGGGAACAAUGUCAACGGUAAUCUGGAUCCAACAUGCUCCUCGAUUAUCCAGGAACCUACUGAUAUCACUUCAAAAGUCAGUUGUCGGAGGGUAUUUUGGACCAGCUGGACAUGCAGUAUAGGUCAAGAGCCUUGGCUACUAUGGGGCAAUAAUUCAUCGAGCCAAAAAGUAAAACCUACUUCACUUCAUCUCGUGGGCAGUAUUAAACGCGUGAUCGGUUUUGAUCAUCCACAAGCGUUCCUUCUAGAUAAUGGCUUCGUUCGGAAUCUCGAGGGGGUGAAAUCUUCGACCACAUGGGACGAUGCAGUACUGACCGCGACUGGGACUGUGUAUGGGUGUAAAGGUGAGACGGCCGGUCUGAACGGAACUAACUCCGAUGCCAGACCUCAAGGUAUACCGCUUUCAAUCUCUCGACGACCUGUUCCAUAA